UACAAUGCCAACAACCCUGUCCACUACCCCCGAGCCCUCUGUGUCUUCGAGAUGCCCACGGGGGUGCCCAUUCGGCGCCACUUUAACUCUGACUUCAACGGUGGCUUCAACUUCUAUGCAGGGCUCCAGGGCCAGGUGCUGGUGCUGCGGACGACGUCCACGGUCUACAACUAUGACUACAUUUGGGACUUCAUCUUCUACCCCAACGGGGUGAUGGAGGCCAAGAUGCACGCCACUGGCUACGUGCACGCCACCUUCUACACGCCCGAGGGGCUGCGUCACGGGACGCGCCUGCACACACACUUGAUCGGCAACAUGCACACUCACCUGGUGCACUACCGCGUAGACCUGGAUGUGGCAGGCACCAAGAAUAGCUUCCAGACGCUGGGCAUGAAGCUAGAAAGCAUCACCAACCCCUGGAGCCCGGAGCACCGGCUGGUCCAGCCAACCCUAGAGCAGACGGGGGACUCCCGGUCUCCCGGGGGGCCCGGCCAGAGCGUCCCCCAGCAAAUCCCGGAAGCCGCUGCCCUCUUGCAGUGGCAUGGACUCAAGCAGGUGGUUCAGGAACUGGGCAGUGACAGUGGCGUUGAUGGCUUGGCACGUGGAUAUGAAUGUGUGCACCUCAUGUAUGCACUGGAUGUAGCCAGCAGCGAAGUGCUCGCCUGCAGCUGCAUUGCAGGGGGCAAUUCAGGCAUUCAGCCCCCCUUCUUUGACCUGGCUCCCAGGGGCUGA